AUGUCAAUGAAGGAAGAUUACUACGACUAUCUGUUUAAAAUUGUUUUAAUAGGCGACUCCGGAGUAGGAAAAUCAAACUUACUCUCCAGAUUCACGAGAGAUGAAUUUAAUUUAGAAAGUAAAAGCACCAUAGGCGUAGAAUUUGCUACAAAAAGCAUUCAAUUAAAAAAUAAUAAAAUAAUAAAAGCACAAAUAUGGGAUACAGCAGGCCAAGAAAGAUAUAGAGCCAUUACCUCAGCAUAUUACCGAGGUGCUGUUGGUGCUUUACUAGUUUAUGACAUAACAAAAAAACAUUCAUUUGAAAACAUUGAAAAAUGGUUAAAGGAAUUAAGAGAUAAUGCUGAUUCCAAUAUUGUUAUUUUAUUAGUUGGUAAUAAAAGCGAUUUAAAACAUUUACGUGUAAUAAAUGAUAAUGAUGCAACUCAGUUUGCAAAGAAAGAAAAAUUAGCCUUCAUAGAGACCUCUGCUCUAGAAGCUACUAAUGUCGAAUUAGCAUUUCAUCAGUUACUAAACGAAAUUUACAAUGUUCGGCAGAAAAAACAAGCCACAAAAAAUGAAGACAGCAUGUCAAUCCAACCUCGAGGGAAAAAAAUAAAUGUAGAUGAUGAUGAUGAUGACGAAAAUGAAUCAAAGAAAAAAUCCAAAUGUUGUUGA